UGUCUCCAGGUGGAUAGCUGGGGCGUACUGAAGACUCGCACAGCUGCCUCGUUCUGCACUCAAGCUGAAGAGCCUGCAAAGCCAGUGAAAAAGACAAAGCCUGCAAGCAGGAAGUCUGCAGCAGCAGCCCCUCCGGAACCUGAGGAGCAUUUUGACAACAGCACUUAUAAAAACUACCAGCACCACAACUACAACCCCUAUACGUUUGCAGACCUGGAUGUGGAGAUGGCCAAGUUUCGUCUCCCUCAGCCCUCCUCCAUCAGACACUAGAGGGUUUGGCUUGGCUGCAAACCUUUAUAUUGCUUCAAGAAAAUGGUGUUGGUCCCUCUUUAUGUAUGAUCAUCCUCCCACCUGUCAGACUUGCAUGAAAUGAUGCUGUUAAAUGUUAUUAAAGUACACAAAUGAAAAGUC